GUGGAGAAUGUCCUCCGUGGCAGGGCCGCACCCAAGGCUCUAUCCGAGCGACACCGCCAUCCUCUGCGAAGCGAUACCGCCUACUCAAUCCGCAGCCCCUUUUUUAGGCCUACAGCCCAAAGCCUCAUAACUGCUCGCAAGAAAAAGACGACGGCAGCCAUCCCUCUUUCCCUCUUCUAUAUAAACCACCUCCUCUCCUCGGUCUCGAGAAUGGUGUGCGGGAUAGCGGCGGUGACCAUGCCGAAGCCCUCUUUCUCGCUGAGAGCGGAGCAGUCGAGCGCCCUCGAUCUCUCUGCCGAUGCGACAAGCGGCCUCGCCUCUCACUCGAGGAGAGAUUUCGUCUUCGUAGUCAACCCCAAGGGUGCCAAUGGCCGGACCGGGAAGGAGUGGAAGAAAUUGCUUCCUUAUCUCAGGACUCGGCUUGGCGGACACUGCAAUAUAUGCGAGUCGAUAACUUCAGGUCCCUCUCAUGCCAUGGACAUAACACGGGAGGCAAUAAGGGAAGGGGCGGAUGCUGUGAUAGCUGUAGGAGGUGACGGUACACUUCAUGAGGUGGUAAAUGGCUUCUUUUGGGCAGGAAAUCUGGUCCCAUCUCUUGACCGCAGGCCUGAACAUUCAACUGCUUUAGGCCUCAUUCCUCUUGGGACUGGUUCAGAUUUUGCUAGGACAUUUGGCUGGAAAAAUGAUCCGUAUGAAGCGGUAGAACGGAUCGUGAGAGGAUUUAAAUCAAAACUAGAUGUUGGCAUUAUUACUGGACAAAGUGGAGAGCAACAUUUCUUCAUUAAUGUUGCUGAUAUUCACUUGAGUGCAAAAGCAGGUUAUUAUGCUUCUAAGUUUAAAAGAUUUGGAAAUCUGUGUUAUGUUUUUGGGGCUUUGAGAGCAUUCAUUGGACACACUAACUGGGACCUAAAAGUCAAGGUAAAUGGAGGAGAGUGGGAAGUAUUUCAUAAAGUCACCGCCCUUUGCAUAGGAAAUGCCAAAUUCUUUGGUGGUGGCAUGAAGAUAACACCAACAGCUGAUCCUUCCAGUGGAAACUUAGAGGUGGUGAUUCUUCAAGACUUCAAAUGGUAUGAUUUUGUUCUUAAACUGCAUAAAUUGUACAAGGGAACACAUCUAUCAGAGAGAAAUGUUUCUUCAAGAAGCCACCACCAGCAUUGCCACUAUCACACUAGCUCUUUGCGGUCAUCACUGCCACUGCCACCACUCCUGCAAUAGCCAUCAGGUACUUCCUCAACUAAUGUUGCCACAAAGAAAACAAAAUGAUGCAACAUUAGUAUUCUGAGAUGUAUCCAAGUCUUUAAAUCAGUAAAUGAGAAAAAAGAGUUGUGGCUUAUGUUAUAUUUUAAAUAAAGUAUAAAUUCAAUUUUUAAAAAUAUUUUAUAAUGGACAACAAUUAGAAGUAUUGCUUGUUAAGGUGUUUUAGUAUAUGGUAUUUCACAAAAUUAUUUUUAUUGGAUGCAUCUUGAGCUCUAAAAGUAGUAAAAUCUUACUUCCAAUGCAAUUGUGGGGGGUUGAACUCAUUGCUUGAAAGACCAACCUAUAUAUCACUAAAAGCUACUAAAACCUACAAUGCAGGAAUUUGGUCAGUAUCCAAAAUUCUGAGACAUUUGACUCAUGGAUAUGUAUUUGACCUGGACUGAUCUAGUGGAUCUAGAAUCCAGGUAACAUUGAUAAGAACCUGUGCCUGCCAUCACCACCAAAACCAUGGUGGCAACUGCCACCGUUGCUGCCAGCACCACUACCGCCGCCUGCACCUUAGCAACCUUCAAUGUUGCAACUAAGACCACCAUUCCUUCCAACUCUAUCUCGCUGCUGCCAUCCUGACCACUGUUGCCAGCACCACCACUACCACCAAACAUGUUCAUUUGUUUCUCACCCUUGAAAAUGAGAGACAACUAUGGCCACCAAACAUGUUUUUAUGUUCAGAAUAUUGGAAACCAACCAAAAAAAAAAAGAGAACAAAGACAAAAUACAAUAGCAGGCAAUGAUGCCAAGUGCAAUUUUAGCUUUUUAAUCUCAGCAUGUAUCGCAAAAGGUGUGACACUUGCCUCUAUGUAUGAGCUUGAUGAUGUCUGAUACUCUGAUUCGACCCCUUUACAAUUUUCAGCAUAAUAAAAUGAAGUUUGAUGAAAUGAAGGUCUAUGCUUGUUGCACCUAUUAUUAUAUGUUGCACGGCCAAAAUUUCAGGAAGUAUAGCAUCAAAGGUGGCCCUAGAUAUGAAUACUUGGUAAAUGAGGAUCCAUAAAGCAGACACCAAAUAGUUAGAAAAAUGCUAGAUGAUUAUGAUUGUAAUUAUGAUAUAACAGUGAUAUAAUUGAAAAUGUGCUUGCUCUAAAACUAUCAGACUAAUUGGAUUCUAAUAUCAUAUGGUGAAUUUAGUGGAAAUGGUGAUGUCGGACAAAUGAUAAAAAAACUAUGAAGCUAUAUUUAAAGGGCGUGUACAUCAGAUGAACUCUUAGAGUACAAUAGACAAGGGAUGAAGUGUUUUUCUCUUAGACAAGGGAUAUAAAGUUUUUUUUCUUUCAUUGUUUUUUUCAAUAGUUGGACGAACGUAUCCUGUGAUUCAAAUAACUGUAGUUGGAUGCAGUUAUGAUUCAUUAUGUAUAUUCAGGCAAUUUCUUUCAAUCGUUUUGAUGCUUUUGCUUUUGGAGGGAGUGAGGGAGGGAUGGUAGAAUGUAUUUCCUAAGAUUCAAAAAACUAUAGUCUAGCUAUGAUGCAACAUUUAUACUGAUGUAGUUUCUUUACUUUUUGGUUGAUAGCUUUUGCUUAUGUGCCUCCAUUUGAUUUGUCCGUUUCUACUUAAUGUUACAUUUGGGUGCCUUUGAAUUAGACUGCUUAUCCAACAUUUCAACCUGAUGAUACAUCCAUCUGAUGCCAUUGUGG